CCAUUAAAGCGAGGAGGAGGCAAGAGCGGCCGCCGCUGCUUAUUCUUUUUUAGUGCAGCGGGCGAGAGCGGGAGUGCGCGCCGCGCGAGAGUGGGAGGCGAGGGGGGCAGGCCAGGGAGAGGCGCGGGAGCCUUUGCAGCCACGCGCGCCUUCUCUGCCUUGUUGUGUGCUUCGCGCGGUAGAGCGGGCGCGCGGCGGCGGCGGCGGGGAUUACUUUGCUGCUAGUUUCGGUUCGCGGCAGCGGAGGGUGUAGUCUCGGCGGCGGCGGAGGCAGUAACACCAUGUCGGAGGAGCAGUUCGGCGGGGACGGGGCGGCGGCGGCGGCAACAACGGCGGUAGGCGGCUCGGCGGGCGAGCAGGAGGGAGCCAUGGUGGCGGCGGCGCAGGGGGCAGCGGCGGCGGCGGGAAGUGGAGCCGGGACCGGGGGCGGAACCGCGGCCGGCGGCACCGAAGGGAGCAGCGCCGAGUCGGAGGGGGCGAAGAUCGAUGCCAGUAAGAACGAGGAGGAUGAAGGCCAUUCAAACUCCUCCCCACGACACUCUGAAGCAGCGACGGCACAGCGGGAAGAAUGGAAAAUGUUUAUAGGAGGCCUUAGCUGGGACACUACAAAGAAAGAUCUGAAGGACUACUUCUCCAAAUUUGGUGAAGUCGUAGACUGCACUCUGAAGUUAGAUCCUAUCACAGGGCGAUCAAGGGGUUUUGGCUUUGUGCUAUUUAAAGAGUCGGAGAGUGUAGAUAAGGUCAUGGAUCAGAAAGAACAUAAAUUGAAUGGGAAGGUGAUUGAUCCUAAGAGGGCCAAAGCCAUGAAAACAAAAGAGCCUGUUAAAAAAAUUUUUGUUGGUGGCCUUUCUCCAGAUACACCUGAAGAGAAAAUAAGGGAGUACUUUGGUGGUUUUGGUGAGGUUGAAUCCAUAGAGCUCCCCAUGGACAACAAGACCAAUAAGAGGCGUGGAUUCUGCUUUAUUACCUUUAAGGAAGAGGAACCAGUGAAGAAGAUAAUGGAAAAGAAAUAUCACAAUGUUGGUCUUAGUAAAUGUGAAAUCAAAGUAGCUAUGUCGAAGGAACAGUAUCAGCAACAGCAGCAGUGGGGAUCAAGAGGAGGAUUUGCGGGGAGAGCCCGUGGAAGAGGUGGUGGCCCCAGUCAAAACUGGAACCAGGGAUAUAGUAACUAUUGGAAUCAAGGCUAUGGCAACUAUGGAUAUAACAGCCAAGGUUACGGUGGUUAUGGAGGAUAUGACUACACUGGUUACAACAACUACUAUGGAUAUGGUGAUUAUAGCAACCAGCAGAGUGGUUAUGGGAAAGUAUCCAGGCGAGGUGGUCAUCAAAAUAGCUACAAACCAUACUAAAUUAUUCCAUUUGCAACUUAUCCCCAACAGGUGGUGAAGCAGUAUUUUCCAAAUUGAAGAUUCAUUUGAAGGUGGCUCCUGCCACCUGCUAAUAUCAGUUCAAACUAAAUUUUUUGUAUCAAGUCCCCGAAUGGAAGUAUGACGUUGGGUCCCUCUGAAGUUUAAUUCUGAGUUCUCAUUAAAAGAAAUUUGCUUUCAUUGUUUUAUUUCUUAAUUGCUAUGCUUCAGAAUCAAUUUGUGUUUUACGCCCCUCCCCCCAGUAUUGUAGAGCGAGUCUUGUGUUAAAGCCCAGUGUCAACAGUGUCAUGAUGUAGUAGUGUCCUACUGGUUUUUUAAUAAAUCCUUUUGUAUAAAAA